AUGAGUCAAGAUAGUAAAGAUGAGUUUGCUAUCUCAUCAUUGUUGGACACGGACCUUUACAAGCUUUUCAUGCAUGCUGCUGUCCACAAGCAUUUCCCCCAAACACCGGUAAAGUACAAGUAUACUAAUAGAACACCCAAUUUGAAGCUCAAUGCUGCAGCUGUGAAUUGGUUAAGGACACAAAUUUGUCACUUGGGAGACAUUAAAUUUUCUGACGAAGAGAUAAUAUAUUUGCGAAAAGCAUUACCUCAACUCCCAGUUGCUUACUUAGAAUACCUAAAAACAUUUCAACUUGACCCUGGAUCCCAAAUCAAAUAUACUGAAACUGAUGGUGAGUUUGGCUUGGAGAUAUUAGGAAGCUGGAGCGAUACCAUACUAUACGAGAUCCCAAUUUUAGCGUUAAUUUCUGAAGCGUAUUUCAAAUUUGUCGACACUGAUUGGAACUAUGAUCAUCAAGUUGAACUAGCAACUCACAAAGUGGAGGAGCUUCAUAAGGCCCAAUGUCAUUUCAGUGAGUUUGGGACCAGAAGAAGAAGGUCAUUUCAUGCUCAGGAGAUUGUCAUCAAGGCAAUCAAGGAUACAGCGGAGCGAUUAGACUCGCAAUAUGUUAGUGGUACAUCUAACGUGUAUUUUGCUAAAAAGUAUAACCUUCAACCAAUCGGGACCGUUGCGCAUGAGUGGUAUAUGGGUAUUGCUUCUAUUACUCAGGACUAUAUACAUGCCAACAAAUUGGCCAUGGAUUACUGGAUUUCCACAUUCACUCCAAAGUAUGCUGGACUCGCGCUAACUGACACUUUUGGCACUGAUAACUACCUCACCGUUUUUACCAAGCCAUAUAUUGACGACUAUGCGGGUGUGAGACAAGAUUCUGGUGACCCAGAGUUAUACACUGAUAAAAUCGCCGAACAUUAUAAGAAGAACGGGGUUGAGCCACACACCAAAACUAUUUGUUUCAGUGAUUCUUUGAACGUUGAAAAAUGUAUAAGAUAUAAACAUAGGGCCGAUGACGUUGGUUUAUUGAGUACUUUUGGAAUUGGAACAUUCUUCACGAAUGAUUUUGUUAAUGCAUCUACGGGUGAGAAGUCGCAACCAUUAAACAUUGUCAUCAAGUUGAGCGAGGCAAAUGGGUAUCCAGCAAUAAAAAUAAGUGACAACAUUGGAAAGAACAUGGGUGAUCCUGAGACAGUAAGGAGGGUGAAAAGAGAAUUGGGAUAUAGUGAGAGGCAAUGGGCAGAAGGUGAUGAAUCACAUAGAUGGUGA